AUGCGUCUCAACUAUCCCGUAAUCUUCCCUCUUAACCAGCUUACCUACGUUGGCGAGGAUGACUCUGAGUUCUUUUGUCAAAUCCAUGGCAGGAGAUUCAAUGCCCUCAGUACGAGGUAUAUGCUGCCCGCCGCCGACGAGGAAGAACGAUCAGAACUUCAACACAAAACCAUACAAUUUCUCUUCAAUGGAAAGAAUUAUGUCGGCCCCGUUGCUGAUACACUGAAACCAAGGGAGGGACAGGAGCGCUGUCGUGUCCUUGACUUGGGUACGGGAGGCGGUUUCUGGGCUAUCGACUUGGCAGACGAAUUUCCAUCAGCAGAAGUGAUAGGUGUCGACCUUGCGCCCGUUCAACCACGUGAAGUGCCCGCUAACUGCACGUUUGAGCUCUGCGAUUUGGAUCAGUGGUAUCUACCUUACCCGAGCGAACACUUCGACGUUAUCCACGCCAGAUUCAUGCAUACAGGAAAUUAUUCUCGCUUCCUACAUGAAAUCGCACGGAUGCUUCGCCCAGGAGGGCUCGUCAUACUGAUUGAGCCCGACACUGAACCAAUCGCGGAUGAGAAAACCGCAUCACAAAUUACCCGCUCCGGACAGCCGUCUGGAAUGCGUGGCUGGUUCACACUGUGGGAGACCUAUAGGAGGUGCCUGCGUGACAAAGGCAUCGACUAUCCUGUCGCUCUCAGUAUCGGUCAGCUAGCUUGGAUGAACUAUGACAUGAUGCUUCCUGCGAUGAAGCCUCUUUUCUUGUCUGCAGGGAUGCGAGACUGGGAGGCAAAGAAAUUAAUUGAAGAAGCCCAUCAAGAUUUAUAUUACCCACUCGUCCGAGCUUCCACGCGCCUCCAUAUUGUGCACGCAACCAAGAAAGCUAAACAUCUUUGA